AUGGGGUCUGCCCCGGUGCUCCCAGCAUUAGCUGGGAAGAGCAGGUAUCGUGCAGCUCUGCGAUGAAUGCCAGAAAUGUACAAAACUGUCAUAAAGCAUAUUAAUAAAAAAUUUAAGGUCUUAUAUAUAUAUAUAUAUAUAUAUAUAUAUAUAUAUAUAUAUAAUAAAUGUUCAUAAAUGUACCAACCGAGCAUGCGGACCACAUGUCUGGAGCAGCACAGGAAGACCGCCCUGAAACCAUUUUGACUCCCAAACUGACCAAGUGUUUUUCUGCAAGGAGGGAGGGGGUGAGGGAACCUUCCCAUUGUUUCAGGAAUGGGGUACUCACCAUCUUAAAGGAAUGGCCAGACUACCAGGAAAGGCAAUCGGAUAAGGCAUUAUCAGAUAACUUGGCAGACAGGAAAAACAAGAACAUUCGAAUUUCUGUUGUAGACCGCCUUUUCUGUGAUGUAAGUAUGAUGUUUGUGGGUGGUGGUCUUGGGUUACACCCCUUCUGUGAUGUAUGUGUGAUGUAUGGAGGGAUGGUCUUGAGCUCCAGGGAAGGCAAUUUAAAAUGUCUAUACAAGGGCAGGCACACCUUGGUUCUGGGUCCUCCUCCCUUCUUGCGGGUGAGGGGAGCACCCUGUUGCAACAGUUCAAUAAAGAUCAGGCUUACGAGCUGCUUUGCUUCUCAAUAUUCUCUGGUUAGCCUAUGUUAUUUUCUCCUAUCAAUGGAGAACCUACAAAGAACUCUAGAAGGGCUCUUGUGUCCCCCAUAAGGGAACAAGGGCAGAUUUGUUUAUUACAGAAGGAAGAAGACAUCUGAGCAUAUACAAAGUUUAUUUCCCUCCCACCCACCAAAAUCCCAAGAGUUAUAAAGAAUUUCAGCUCUGGAUUAUUAUUUUUUAAGUUGGAGUAAUAAACGAACAUAGCUCAGUGUUAGAGCAUCUGCUUUGCAUGUAGAAAAUCCUAGGUUCAAUUUGCUAUUCCAGACAGCCGCUGCCAGUCAGUGCGGACAACACUGAGCUAGAUGGCUGAAGGCCUGAUUCAGUAAAAGGCAGCUGCAUACCCUCCAACUUUUCUCCAAUGAAAAUAGGGAAGCCCCAUUCCAUAAUAAUAAUAAUUUUACUAUUUAUACCCCACACAUCUUACUGGGUUGUCCCAGCCACUCUGGGCAGCUUCCAGCAAAUAGAAAAACAUAAUAAAACAUUAAACAGUUUUUUAAAUUAAAAAUUCCCUAUACAGGAUUGCCUUCAGACGGCUCAGGGAUUGGAUAACUCUAUACCCUCCAGGAUAACUCCAUACCCUCCAAUUAAAAUGGGGACAUUUUCACACCCUCCAACAUUUCUCCAAUGAAAAUAGGGACAGCCAAGGAAAAGUGGAAUCAAAUCAGAAACCGGGAUGACAUCUCUAAAUCAGGGACGUCCCUGGAAAAUAGGGACACUUGGAGGGUCUGCAACUGCCUGCGUUCCUAACGAAGAGAUGCAAAGCGGCGUAGCGGUUAAACUUUAAAGCCUCGAAUUGAGGCCAAAUCCACACCACGCCGUUCAAAGCGCGUCCAGCAUACAUUGAAAGCGCACGGCUCUCUCGCAACGAAUCUUGGGAGCCGUAGUUUGUUAAGGGUCCUAGGAAUUGUCAUCUGCCAAGGGGCAACUACAGCUCCCAGGAAACCUCGGGGUAAGGCGUGUGGUUUCGUUGUGCGCGGCAGGCGCCUUCAGUGUGCAGGAUGCUCCAUCAUGAGACAAAAUGUAUUGAGAAAGCAUCGGGCCUCUGAGCAUGUGCAGAGAGUAAGCAGCGCUAGUAGCACCGUGCAAGCACCCGGGUAGGGGACACACAGGUCCUCCGAGGUGCCCGCGUCGCCGACCCUCAUUUUCCUUUGGAGAGCCGCUAAUCCCCGAGCUCCGCCUUGCCCUGCCCAGAUGAUGCUCCUCCCUGGAGAGCCGGGCGGCGGGGCGAGGCUUGCCGGCCGAGGCUCCUCCGCCUUCCCUUCGCGGGGGGAGCGCUCCGCCCGAUCUGACGUGGCAGCGGCUCCAGCAAGCCGGAGGCCGCCGCGUCCGGAGCGCAGAGCGCAGAGCGCACAGCCAAGAGCGCAGCGCGCGUCGCUGGAGUGAGGGUGCCCGAUGGCACGUCCGCGCUUCGUGCUGCUGGUGGCGCUGGUGGUGCUCUCAGGAUCAGGGCUGCUCCGCGGCUACGAGCCGGACUGGCGCCGCCUGGAGGGCCUGGCGAGAGGGAAAGUGGAGGUGAGGCCAAGCCUGGAGGGCGGAGGGAGCUGGGUACCUUAGAGCAUGUGCAGAGGGCCUGAUGCGCCGGGGCCCGCCAGCUCCCUGGAUUGAAGUCCCCACCCCAAACAAAUGUGGUCUCCGCACCACUUGACAGAUGAAGCGUAAAAUGCGCUGGGCAGCCUUGAGAGAAGCGCUGGCCCUCAGCCGGAGCUUAGCCUCCCUCGCAAGGCUGUAGUGAGGCUCUGUGAACAGGCGGCAGUCACCGCCGCAAGCCUUUGAAAUGCGGGCGGGACAUUAGAAAGAAUUAAGGAUGUAGCGUGUGUGUUGUUUUUUAAUGUUGCUGCUGUUGUUUGAAAGGCAGUAUUUUUUUGGGGGGGGGGGGUUCGUAAAAAAAGAGAAAAGUGAGAUUUGCUUUGCAACAGAUCAUGCCAAACAACUAUUAAGCCUAGCAUCAGACAGAGAUUGCGCAGAGCUUCCAAGAAGGAUGUCUGCCUUGUCUUAGCUGUUCUUUUGCUAUUCAGAGGUAUACUGCCCUGGCAUGUGGAUUUUCUAUUUUACCAUCAUUCAGAGGGAUAUACCGUGGUACCUCGGGUUACAGACGCUUCAGGUUACAGAUGCUUCGGGUUACAAACUCCACUAACCAGGAAGUGGUUGCUCCAGGUUAAGAACUUUGCCCCAGGGUAGGAAUGGAAAUCACAUACCAGCGACGCAGCAGCAGCAGGAGGAGGCCCCAUUAGCAAAAGCAUGCCUCAGGUUAAGAACCAUUUCAGGUUAAGAACGGACCUCUGGAACAAAUUAAGUUCUUAACCCAAAGUACCACUGUACGGGGUUACCCUAGUUGAAGCUUAGAGCAGGGCUUCCCACAGUGUAGUCUGCAGGCCACUGAAGUUUCAGGCAAGUCUGCGGACCAUAAUUUACCAUGUCUCUGAAGAACACUUACAGCUGGAAUUCAGAUUGUUGUACUAUGGUUGACCUCUGAGACUCCCUGCCACAAGAGACAGUGAUGACCACUAACUUGGAUGGCUUUCAAGGAAGACUAGACAAAUUCAUGGAGGAGAGAGAGGGCUAUUGAUGGCUACUAACCACGAUGGCUCUGCUCUGCUUCCACAGUCAGAAGCAGUGAUGCUAUUGAAUCCAAGUUGCUGGAAACCACAGGAGGGGAGAAUUGCUCUUGUGCUCAGGUCCAGCUUGCAGGUUUGAGGGCCUCUUGAGGAGGUGGUCUAGAUAGGCCACUGGCCUGUUGCAGCAGGCUCUUCUUAGUGUUCUUAAUGCUUCUGAACACCAGUUUGCAUCUAGCACAGUGCAAUAGAAUUGCUGAAACAGGAGGGGAAUGUCAUCUUCUAAAACCCUCUGCAAUUUUCAGGUGGUCUGGGGCACAGAGGGGGGGUUCAGUUAGAGAACCAUGGGCUUAGAGGACUAAGGAGAAAUUUGGUGCUAUUCCCACAUAUUCCCAAGUCUGUCCUUGUAGCCAUUUUAUUUUAGAGGUGGGAGGGGAAUCUAACAAAGCCCAUUUAUCCCUGAAGAUGACGUGGUUGCAUUGGUGGGGGGUUGUUUUUCAGUCUGCUAACAGGUGGCCUUGGGCACACCUGCCGCGGCAGGUUCUGACAAGCCCUUGGAAAGGAUUGUCAAGGGAACAGGGGGCCAGGGAACAGCUGUUUUUUCAUGGUGGAAGGGAAAGGCUGCAGAGGGCGAAUGUAUUUGUGGGGUUGUCAACAAGUUUCCUGGGACGCAGGUGGCGCUGUAGGGAGCAUAGGACUUGAUGAUCAGAAGGUCAGUGGUUUGAAUCCCCAUGACGGAGUGAGCUCCCGUUGCUCGGUCCCUUCUCCUGCCAACCUAGCAGUUCAAAAGCACGUCAAAGUGCAAGUAGAUAAAUAGGUACCGCUCUGGCGGGAAGGUAAACAGCGUUUCCGUGCCCUGCUCUGGUUCGCCAGAAGCGGUUUAGUCAUGCUGGCCACAUGACCCGGAAGGUGUACGCCAGCUCCCUCAGCCAAUAAAGCAAGAUGAGUGCCGCAACCCCAGAGUCGGCCACGACUGGACCCAAUGGUCAGGGGUCCCUUUACCUUUACAACAAGUGUCCUGGGCUUGCAGAAGUUUCUCCAAGAGCAUCAUAGAAACGUGGAAUUGUAGAGUUGGAAGGGACCCUGAGGAGCAUCUAGUCCCCUUGGUGUCCCAUACAGGGAUCAAACCUGCAAACCUGGCGUUACCAGCACCACGCUCUAACCAACUGAGCUGGACUCCCAACUCCCCAUCAGACCCAGAAACCAUCACAGUCAAUGGCCAAGGACAGUGGGAGUUGACAACACAAGAAGAGAGCACUCACCCAUCCUUCAGUUUCCAGCCAUUGCUGUCUCCAACUGUGGAGGCAGAGCACAGUCAUUAUGCCUAGUAGCCGUUGUUCCAGAGAUUUAAUUAUGUGUUCCAUCAAUAUGUGCUUUAUCUGUCCUGACUCUUCCAACUUUCAGCUUCAUUCGAUACCCACCAGUUUCUCUAGCCACUUCCUCCACACCAGGCAUGGGCAAACUCGGCCCUCCAGAUGUUUUGGGACUACAACUCCCAUCAUCCCUAGGUAAUGGGACCAGUGGUCAGGGAUGAUGGGAGUUGUAGUCCCAAAAAUCUGGAGGGCCGAGUUUGCCUAUGCCUGCUCCACACCAUGAAUUUUUUAAAUAAACUUUUAUUGUGUCUUUCCAUUUCUCUGAGCUAAAGAGCCCCCAAAGCUGCAGGCUUUCCUCAAAGGGCAAUUGCUCCAUCCUUUAUCAUUUUGGUUGCCCUGACCUGGGAUAGCUCAGUCGGUAGAGCAUGAGACUCUUAAUCUCAGGGCUGUGGGUUCGAGCCCCACAUUGGGUAAAAGAUUCCUGCACUGCAGGGAGUCGGACUAGAUGACUCUUGUGGUCCCUUCCAACUCUACAAUUCUAUAAAGGAGAAUUGAGUUUUUUGCUGGCUGGCUGAUGAGCUGUUGGGAGUUGGGUGUCGGACAACAUCUGGAGGUCUGCAGGCUCCUCGUCCUUCCAGUGCAUGAAACGAGUCUGGAUUUCUUGGGAAGUGUGUUUGUGUUUGAUGGUGUAUUCAUAUUCUGUUUCCUCCCUUUUAAAGAGCUGUGGGGGAUGACGGCUGAACCGCCUGCCAGAGGUAAGUGUCGCUUCGUUCCUGCUCGCCAGCACCUAUCACUCACUUCCCCUGGGUGAAGAAGUGCUGCAACGGCUCAUAAGACAGAAGGCAGGGAGCCCAACAGUAGGUGGCGCCAGAGAGCCAAUGACAGGCAAAACCCAACACAUUCUAGGUUUCCCCCCAUCCUCCCCCCUGCCAGAAUGGAGAUGGAGGAGAAAGAAGCUGACAGGCACAGCCACCUCCUAGACUGACUGAAAGUAGGGAGGCGGGAAGGUGGGGACUGGCUGAAAGCAGUCUGGGGUUGGUGGGGCAGACUGGAGCAGUCUGGGGUUUCCGGGGAGCCACCACAGGAAAGGCCCUGUCACCAACAAAGCCUCGCCUGUUGAUUGUAGGUUCAGAGAAUAAACUGGGCUGGUGGGGCAGGGGGAGCUGUCUUAUUGCAUGUGUAAUAUUUGCAUCUCAUUCAUUUCCCCCCCCAUAGGCGAAGGCCUUCAUCAAUGA